UUACCAGUUUUUUUAAUUUUCGUGGCGAUGUUCCAUCUUUAUUUCGUUCAGCUUAGUUUGUACGUUUUGUUUGAUUUGCGUUACGUUGAAGCAUCCUUAGUGUAUUUAAUUUUGUUUGUUCCAAUUCGAUUGGGCGCGAGAUGUAACGUCUCGGUAUAGUUUGAUUAUACAUUACCCUUUAAUAGUUGUUUAUUGCCAAUAAAAGGAUUUGAGCUGCCUUGAUUAGGCGUGAUAGAUUUUCUCCAAAUCUGUUAUGAAUGAUCACUCUAUUCGGGCGUAUUAGAUCGCUGAAUUCAUGAUCAUGCUAUUUGAGAGUAUUAGAUCGAUGAAUUAUAUUCACCAUUUCGUCUCGAAGGAUGUAGAAUGGUUCUAGAAUGAAAUCCAAGAGCGAUGAAUGUUGCUCGGUUCAGCUUAUAGAUGGAGAUGGUGCAUUCAACGUCGACGGAAUCGACAACUUUAUCAAAUUUGUGAAAUUGGGGGAAUGUGGACUUUCAUAUGCUGUAGUAUCCAUUAUGGGCCCUCAAAGUAGUGGGAAGAGUACGCUGCUAAAUAAUCUGUUUGCGACCAACUUUAAAGAGAUGAAUGCUUUUAUAGGGAGGUCUCAAACAACUAAAGGUAUAUGGUUGGCUAGAUGUGCUGGCAUUGAGCCUUGUACGCUUGUAAUGGAUUUGGAGGGAACUGAUGGAAGAGAGCGAGGAGAGGAUGACACUGCAUUUGAGAAGCAAAGUGCCCUCUUUGCCCUUGCUGUGUCAGAUAUAGUGCUAAUAAACAUGUGGUGUCAUGAUAUUGGCCGUGAGCAGGCUGCUAAUAAGCCUCUCCUCAAAACUGUAUUUCAGGUCAUGAUGAGACUGUUCAGUCCACGUAAAACAACGUUAGUGUUCGUCAUACGUGAUAAAACAAGGACACCACUGGAAAAUUUAGAGCCUGUUCUUAGAGAGGAUGUACAGAAGAUAUGGGACUCUGUUCCUAAGCCACAGGCCCACAAAGAUACUCCACUAAGCGAUUUUUUUAACGUUGAAGUUGUUGCUUUAUCUAGUUUUGAAGAAAAGGAAGAGCAAUUCAGAGAACAGGUGGCAAAUUUGAGACAGAGAUUCUUCCAUUCUAUUGCCCCUGGAGGACUUGCUGGAGAUCGCAGGGGAGUUGUUCCAGCUUCAGGAUUUUCUUUUAGCGCACAGCAAAUCUGGAAAGUUAUCAAGGAGAACAAGGAUCUUGACCUUCCAGCCCAUAAGGUUAUGGUGGCUACUGUUCGCUGUGAAGAAAUUGCCAGUGAGAAGUUUGCUUGGCUUGCAACAAAUGAGGACUGGUUGAGUUUGGAAGAAGCAGUACAAUCAGGCCCGGUUCAAGGUUUUGGAAAGAAGCUAAGUGCCAUAAUUAAUACUUGUUUAUCAGAGUAUGAUGCAGAAGCCACAUUUUUUGACGAAAGUGUGAGAUCUGGGAAGAGACAACAACUUGAAGAAAAGUUGUUGCAACUUGUUCAAUCAGCCUUCCAAUCUCUGUUGGGCCACAUAAGGUCUGGGACAUUUGAUAAAUUCAAGGAGGCAUUUGACAAAGCUUUGAAUGAAGGGGAAGGGUUUUCUUCGGCUGCCUCUAAUUGUGCUCAAACCUAUAUGGCUGUUUUUGAUGGUGAAUGUGCUGGUGCUAUAAUUGAGCAGGCAGACUGGGACACUUCUAAAAUAAGGGAUAAACUUCGACGUGAUAUCGAUGCACACAUUGCAACUAUACGUGCUGAUAAAUUAUCUGAACUUUCUGCACAAUUAGAGGAAAAACUGAAGGAGGCAUUGGCAGGACCUGUAGAAGCUCUGCUAGAUGGAGCUAAUAAUGAGACAUGGCCGGCUAUAAGAAAACUUCUUCAACGAGAGACUGAGUCCGCCAUCUCUGGGCUGUCUAAAGGACUGGUCGGCUAUGAUAUGGAUGAAAAAACUAAGGAAAAAAUGAUUACCAGUCUUAAGGAUUAUGCUAGAGGCGUAGUUGAAUCAAAAACAAGAGAAGAAGCUGGAAGGGUCCUGAUUCGUAUGAAGGAUAGGUUCUCUAUUUUGUUUAGCCAUGAUUCGGAUUCAAUGCCCCGUGUAUGGACUGGGAAUGAAAAUAUCCGGGCAAUCACCAAAACCGCUCGUUCUUCUUCCCUGAAGAUACUAUCUGUUAUGGCUGCUUUACGUUUGAAUGAUGAUGAUGGUUCUGGCGAGAUAGACAAAACUCUAUCAUCUACCUUGAUGAAUGUCCCAAACAAUAGCAACACAAAAGAUAGGAGCAUUAUGGCAACUGACCCUCUCGCCUCAAGCUCAUGGGAAAAUGUUCCAGCAUCACAAACGUUGAUUAGCCCUGUUCAGUGCAAAUCUAUAUGGAGGCAAUUCAAGACGGAGACAGAAUACACUGUCUCUCAGGCCAUUGCUGCACAGGAAUCCAGCAAACGUAAUAACAACUGGUUGCCCCCGCCAUGGGCUAUUAUUGCACUGUUGAUUCUAGGGUUUAAUGAAUUUAUGACCCUUUUAAGAAAUCCAUUAUAUGUGGGUCUCUUAUUUGUUCUCUAUCUACUCGCCAAGGCCCUGUGGGUCCAGCUAGAUGUUUCUGCGCAAUUUAGCAAUGGUCUUCUUCCAGGGCUUAUUUCAUUGUCCUCCACAUUCAUUCCCACUGUCAUGAAUCUUCUUCAAAAAUUGGCUGAAGAAGGACAACAGAGGCCUGCAGCUACUGAUACUCCGAGCAACAGCUCAUUAGUGUCAAAGAGAUUUCAAAACAACUCCAGCAACGAUUUGGCAUCGACCGCGUCAUCAGUAGUGACUUCAACAGAUUCUGGCGCCGAGUACUCCAGUCGCUCUAAAGAAGAGUAGGUUGAAGGAGCUGGUAAUCAGUUAAUUUCUCCGAUUUUCGAAGAUCCUGAGUUUUUUCCUUCAUCGACCCGUUGUUAUCACCAAAUUAUGAUUCAUGUUUGUUUACUAUUGGUAGAAUGUAAGAGCAAAGGCUGAAUGGAGUUCAGGCUUUAAUUUUUGUGCUGAGUGCCUCAAGCCAAAUGGGCUGGGGUUUGAUAUAUACUGAUAAUGGAAAUCCUGUAUAUUGGGUUUCCAUAGAGCAGUCUAGGUGUUCAGUCUCUGACCCUUCUUGGGUUUGAAUAGACUAAGAACGCUAUUCUUUUUCCUAUAUUAAAGUUCGAUUCUUUGCUCUUUUUCCUUUGA